AUCGAUUUACUUUUCCAAAGCAAGAAGGGUGCAUUAAUAGAGAAGAUAAUGAAAGUCCUGGACCACCUACAGCUAUGCAAAAUUAGCCAGCCAAAAAACAUAAAGGGCUUCCCGAAGGGGGGGGCUCCCUCUCCCCAGCACCAAGCUGCCAGUCCAGGCGGCUAGGGAGAGCGCAGGGCUGCUAGGCCCCAGCUGCUGGCUCUGUCGGCAGGAGGCCAGACCCCAAGCAAGCCCUACGGCGGGAACUCACAGGAAACGCGUUUCUACACGGAGGGACGCUGCACACGCUUCUUAACUGGUUCUCAACGGGGGAGCAUCCCCCGCCCUCCCCCAGCAGAGCCCCGGGUGUGGGGCCGCCGGUAGAGCCCUGCGCCGAGCCAGCGCACGGCGCGGAGUCUCCUCCUUUCUCCGCGCCCCUCGCCCGGUGGGGGCGGGCUCCCCGGGUCAGUGUGCUGGGGAGAGCUGCUCCCUGCCGGCGGGUGGCGCUGGCUGCAGGGCACGUUCCGCUCCGCCCCCUGCUGCCCUCGGAGCCCCGGGCGGCGCGGCGCGUCCCGUCCCGCGGGCCAGGCAGAGGCCGGACGGGCAGAGCGCCCCCGCGAGCCGCCCGGCCCGGAGGAUGCUGGCGGCGGCGCGGCGCGUGGUGUGCGCGCUCUCCGGGGGAGUGGACAGCGCGGUGGCGGCGCUGCUGCUCCGGCGGAGGGGCUACCAAGUGACAGGGGUAUUUAUGAAGAACUGGGACACUCUGGAUGAACAAGGAGUUUGUUCUGCUGACAAAGAUUGUGAAGAUGCUUAUAGAGUUUGUCAGAAACUGGAUAUCCCUUUUCAUCAAGUUUCCUAUGUCAAGGAGUACUGGAAUGAAGUUUUCAGUUACCUUUUAAAUGAGUAUGAAUUGGGAAGAACUCCUAAUCCUGACAUAAUGUGCAACAAGCAUAUCAAAUUCAAUUAUUUUCUCCAUUAUGCUCUGGAUAACCUUGGAGCGGAUGCAGUUGCAACUGGGCAUUAUGCAAGGACUUCACUGGAAGAUGAAGAAAUUUUCCAACAGAAACAUAUUAAAAGACCACAAGGGCUUUUCAGAAACCGAUUUGAAGUUAGAAAUGCUGUAAAACUUCUUCAAGGAGCUGAUCACUUGAAAGACCAGACCUUCUUCCUCAGUCAGAUUUCACAAGAUGCUUUGAGGAGAACCAUUUUUCCUUUAGGAGGAUUGACAAAAGAUUUUGUAAAGAAGAUAGCAGCAGAACACGGAUUUCAUCAUGUGCUAAAGAGAAAAGAGAGUAUGGGAAUCUGUUUCAUUGGUGAAAGAAAUUUUGAAAACUUCCUUCUUGAGUAUUUAGAACCUCGUCCAGGUAACUUUGUUUCCAUUGAAGAUAAGAAGGUGAUAGGAACACACAAAGGUAGUUUCCUGUAUACAAUAGGCCAGAGGGCCAAGCUAGGUGGCCUCAGUGAAGCUUGGUUUGUUGUUGAGAAAGAUGCAACCUCAGGAAAUAUCUUUGUGGCACCAUCGACAGAUCACCCUGCACUGUAUAGAGACCUACUGCGGACAAACCGUGUGCACUGGAUUGCAGAGGAACCUCCUGCUGAGCUAAUUAGGGACAAAAUGAUGGAAUGUACUUUCAGGUUUCAGCAUCAGAUGGCACUAGUGCCUUCCGUGUUAACUCUAAACCAAGAUGGGACAGUGUGGGUGACACUAGUCAAGCCAAUAAGAGCUCUUACACCAGGGCAAUUUGCUGUGUUCUACAAGGGUGACGAGUGCCUUGGCAGUGGAAAAAUCAUUAGGCUGGGCCCAUCAGUGUACACCUUACAACAGGGCAAAAGCAGAGAGCAGGAUUCAAGGCAUGUGUUAGCAGAGGAGAUCAAGAAGUUAGAACCAGCAACGUAACUCAUGCAUUUUUCUUGAUUGAAAGACUUUGGGGAAACUGAAGCCUUAAAAUAAGGAGAAUAACAACACACACACAAACAUGUUUUCUCUGCCAAACUAUAAAUUUUUAAAGGGUGAUUUGUGACAGUCCUGUCAUAGUAUUUGACUGAUGGUACCUGAGAGGGUUUUUGGACAAAAAACAGUUCUGAUAUGGUUUCAUUAAAAGAGGUUGUUAGUAAGAUUCUUCAAACAAGUAACAGAAACAUAGUAUGCAAAAAGAUGGGCAUGACUGGAUGAGAGACAUCCUGGCAGUUUCAAGAUCAGCACUUUCACGUUUUCAGAAUGGGGUUAACUGUAAACCAAGUAUUUAAUGUCCGAGUCAUUCUAAUGUAAAUACACUGUUUAUGUACUACUCUGUUCUAGAAAUUUAUGAAAGUUUCUACAGCUUGAAAAAGCUGCUUUUCCCUCUUUGUUUCUUAUGCUGUGAUAUCAGCCUUGUGGUAGAGAACUCCUUAUUAAUGAAUUUUCAAUAUGUAAUAAAACUGUUAAUUUCCUAAAAUUGCUCUGUAACAGCAGCAGCAUACAAAAUUAUUUUAAUUUAAAAAAUGCCCCAAACCCUAAACCUCUCUUUUAGGCACAACUGAAAGUAUUUUUAAAAAGCUAUUUGUCUAUAGUUAAAAUGCAUACAUGAUUUAUGUUAAAUUUGUUUGUGUUCAUGUGGACUUUCAGAGAAGGAUGUGUUGUCUCUUACAUUCAAGUUCAGCAGUUUUCAUGAACUGUGAGCAAUAGGUAUUUAUUUUUCAUUUGCAAUAAAUUUUACAACAUGUAUUUUACACUUGUUUGAAUCUUAUGCUGCUAGUAGUAAUGGUUUAAGAUUUUACCAUAAUUCAGGUUUUGAAAUCUAAUGAUUUGAAAGUAAAUGUGUUGAUACAUCUAACAGUCUCUUAUAAAAACUGAGUAAUGUAUGCCAUUUUACUGUAGUUUAAAUAAUUUUAUAAACUAAUCAAGGCACGGACUGUGGAUUCUGUGUCCUUGGAGCACUGUGAGUACAUUGUCAGUGUGUAAAUAAAACCAAAUUCAUGUUUA